UGAGGCUUGAGAGACAAAAGUAGGAGAAAGACCGAUGAUCUUAUCACUAAACGGUGCGACAAGAACUCGUCUAUUUAUUGAUUUGACCAUUUUGUUAGCUACUGAAAGUUACAGCCUUGAUAUGAUUAUAUGAGUUAUUUAACCGAUAAAUCGAUCAGAAAUGAACGGAUCCUCUCUGGCUGCAGUGCGCGCUCCCGACGCAGCCGGCAGAAUUUCGCACAAGACCGGUGCUGGUACCGGUCCAGUUCCACCAUCACAGCUCAAACAGACUGGUCCUGGAUCCGCUUUCUGACGUCAUCAGGGUGGGGGACAUGGCCUGUGAGGAACAGAGCCACUGAUUGGUCCGCUGGGGCCGGGCGGCCAAUCACAGAGCUGCAUGUUGCCACGUGGCAGCGCCGCUGGCCUCGGCAGGAAGAACCGACGGUUCGGUUCGAAGAGAGGAAAUAAACCCAAAACAAAGAAGUUCCGACCCGGUCCGAGAGAACAGAACGGGAACCGAACGUCAGGGGGAGGACCGGACCGGACCGGAGUGCUGGUUCUGGUACCGGUGAUCGUUACAGCCAGGUCCCCCCAAGCAGCCAUGAGUGGCGAGCCCGACCCGCCGGUGGCCAGGGGCGACCCGGUUCCUGACCCGCUGGCCGUGGUGACCCAGCUGAGGGACCUGGCGGCCGACCCGAUGAACCGCAGAGCCAUCGUCCAGGACCACGGCUGCCUGCCGGGCCUCAUCCUGUUCCUGGACCACCCCGACCCUCAGGUGGUCUACUGCGCCCUGCUGGCGGUCCGGUACCUGGCGGAGUGCCGAGCCAACAGGGAGAAGCUGAAGGCAGAACUGGGGAUGAUGCUGAGCCUGCAGAACGUCAUGCAGAAGUCAACCACUCCAGGAGAGACCAAGCUGCUGGCCUCAGAGAUCUACCAGCUGCUGCAGACGGCGGCUGGCGCCGACGGGCCGCAGGCGGCCGAACCGGAGCGCGGCGGCGCGCGGCGCAAGGCCCAGUUCUUCCUGGGAUCCAGCAACAAGAGAGCCAAGACGGUGAUCCUGCAGAUCCACGGCCUGGACGACCCGGGUCGGCGCAGUCUGUGUGAGGAGGCACUGCUGAAGAUCCGAGGCGUCAUCAGCUUCACCUUCCAGAUGGCCGUUAAGAGAUGCGUUGUUCGGAUCCGAUCGGACCUGAAAGCCGAGGCUCUGGCGUCGGCCAUCGCCGCCACGGAGGUCAUGACGGCUCAGCAGGUGGUGAAGGACGAGAACGGAGACGAGAUUUUGGUCCAUUUCACAGAGGCCGGUUCUGUAUCGGUGGAGCAGAACCUGGACCUGCCAGAGUAUCUUCCGGAGGAGGAGAGUCCGUCUCAAGACCCAGACAAGGCGAUCAGCCGGGUCGGGUCGGGCCAGGACGGGUCCAGCUGGUUUGGCGCUGCCGCCAACUUUCUGUCUCGCUCCUUCUACUGGUGACCCGUCAGAACCAGAACCGACUGCUGGAUCAGAACCAGAGUGUCUUACUGAGUGGGACAAACGGGUCAGAACAGAAAUCCAGAAGUUUUCUAUUUAUUGUCCAAACGGACCGAACCGCAGAACUGGAGUUUUAACCGGUUCUAAUCAGGAACAGUGACACCAGAACCGGGUCAGAACAACUUCCCUGUUGAGUGUUUAAUCUAGACCAAAUGUUCUGAUCCGGGUUUUCCCACAGCAGCUCUACGGAACGUCGUCAUGUUUACACUUUACCUAACUGGAUUCCUUGAAACCAGAACCGACCGGUCCCGGUAAGCUCGGUACCGUCUGACCCGACUGGUUCCUGUUGAGCGAACACUAACGGGUCGUAAAGCUGGGAACCGGUUUGGGAAUCGGCAGAGGAUCCAGUCCGAAUGUUUUCCUCAGGAAAACCUCUGAUGUUCCCAGUGUUCCCAGCGUUCCCAGUGUUCCCAGCGUUCCCAGCGUUCCCAGCGUUCCCAGUGUUCCCAGCGUUCCCAGGAUCCAAGAGUACAAAGACCCGGGUCAUUUCCUCCUCUGAUCUCCAGCAUUCCUGCAGUUUCCUGCUGAGCUGCGUACCUGACCAGGUGUGCAGUGGAGGCCCGCCUCCUCCUGGCUCUGUCCAAUCACAGGGCUUCAAUCAUACAGAACCGGGCUUGGACCGCUCUGGUCAGGGUGUGUGCUUCUGGGUUUCCAUGGAAACUAGCACUACUGCACUGGGAUCCAUCCAUAGAUUCCCAGUCUGGAUUGAACCAUCAGAACCAACUGCUGGAACCGGGCCGUGUGACCCGGUCCGCUUCAGAACCACUGGACCAAUUCUGAACCGACCGUGUCCGUUUCUGAACCGGUUUCUGUCAUUCUGACUGUUACCCUUCAUCAUCUUCCUCUUCCUCAGUGUGAAUAAAAUGCUUCAGUCUGAAACUGCCUGGUUUCUUUCAUGACCC